AUGUGCAGUUACUGGAUUUUUUACGAAAGUGUCGAGUUGAUGAAAUUGGUAAAAAAUGAGGAUGAAAAAGGAGAAUUAGCGAGAGAAAUAAUCAGAUAUACAGUGAGACCGAAACACAUCAGAAAUUUGAUCGAAAAAUUCGUGACAAAGUACUCGGGCGAAAAAGAAGAUCCUUAUUAUAUGGCGAUUCAUUGGAGAUAUGACGAGAAGGACUGGAAAGAUGAGCAGUGCAGGAGAAGACCGGACUUCAAAAUUUGCAAGGACUUUGAAUUGAUGAGGGAUCCGGAGCGAUUGUCUGAUGAACUAGGAAUGUGA